AUGGGUGAAAGACCCCAUUCUCCGCUAUCUGUGUCUUGUGUCCGCGCACUUAAUGAUAAAUUAUACGAAAAAAGGAAAGUAGCAGCUCAAGAAAUAGACAAAAUGGUGAAAGAUUUUGUGCACCAAAACAACCAUGCCCAAAUCAGGAAGUUGCUGAGAGUACUUGGAGAGGACUUUGCUGUCUCCCAUAAUUUGAACACAAGGAAAGGUGGGCUGAUGGGUUUGGCUGCCACAGCUAUUGGUCUAGGAAAGGAAUCUGAUAAAUAUGUGAGUGAAUUGGUCAAACCGGUGUUGUUUUGUUUCCAUGACCAAGAUAGUGGCGUGCGAUAUUAUGCUUGUGAAGCCCUGUACAACAUUGUGAAAGUGUCUCGAGGUUCAGUCCUGCCAUUCUUCAACGACAUCUUCAAUGGAUUAAGUAAGCUUACAGCAGAUCCAGACCAAAAUGUAAAGAAUGGCACAGAGCUGCUAGAUAGACUAAUUAAGGACAUUGUUACUGAAAGUUCUUCUUUUGACUUGGUCGCUUUUAUUCCUUUGCUGAGGGAUCGUAUUUACACCCCAAAUUCUUUUGCACGACAAUUUGUUGUUUCUUGGAUUUCUGUGCUUGAUGCAGUCCCAGACAUCAACAUGCUUGUCUUGUUACCAGACAUUUUGGAUGGUCUUUUCAAAAUUCUUGGGGAUAACAGUCGUGAAAUUAGCAAAAUGUGUGAAACUGUGUUGAAUGCCUUUUUACUGGGGAUACAGAAGUCAAAGAAUGGGGUUAAUUAUUCUGGAAUGGCCAACAUUCUUAUUGUUCAUAGUCAGAGUUCAGAUGAAUUAAUUCAGUUGAUUGCUCUCAACUGGUUAUAUGAGUUUGUCAGAUUGUCUGGAAGAACGAUGCUACCAUUUGCAUCUGGUAUCAUAAAUGCUACUUUACCUUGCCUGGCUUACAAUGAUGAUUCUCAAAAGCAAGUCAAGGAAGCAGCUAAAAUGUUGAACACUAGCUUGAUGCAAAUAGUAGACUCCAGGGAUGAUCAACCCCCGGCCAGCUCAAAAACUAUGGAUGUAGUUUCCCCAAGUCAAGAGUCUGGGGAUGUUUCUAAAGAUCAAUUAAGACAUGUGCAAUUGGAUAUUGCUUCGGUAAUCAGUGUCCUGUGUCAAAUGCUUACCCACAACUCCAUCCAAACCAGACUAGCUGCACUCCAGUGGUUCAGUCAUCUCUUAAACAAAAUACCAGUUAAAACAUUCCAGUACAUUGAUGACUUCUUUCCUUUAUUUUUAAGGACCUUGUCAGAUCCAUCUGAUGAGGUUGUUCUUCUGGACUUGGAAGCACUUGCUGAUAUUUCUUCAAAUCCGGCUGGCAGACAGAAUAAGAAUGUUGUGAAAGAAGCGGGCCAAGAGAAAAAUCAGGAAUCAAAGGAAACUGCUGCUGCCACCGCCACUGCUUCUGCUGUUGAGGGCAAAGAGAUCACAGGCCUCAACCAUUAUUUUGAUAAGUUCAUGAUGGAAUUGAUAAAACUCUUUCACACUGACCCGUCCCUUCUUGAAGAGAAGGGGUCUUUCAUUAUUCGGCAACUGGCAAUUUUGUUAAACGCCGAAGACAUUUAUAGAUCCAUUUCUGAAAUUCUCGUGAAAGAGAAAGACACUUCCUUUGCCAGCACUAUGGUCCAGACUCUGAACACCAUCCUGCUCACAUCCACAGAAUUUUUUGAGCUUCGUACUCAACUAAAAGACCUCAAGACACCUGAAAGCUGCUCUCUUUUUACUUGCUUGUAUAAAUGUUGGUGUCAUGGUCCAGUGGCCACAGUGUCAUUGUGUUACCUUACACAGAACUAUCAACAUGCUUGUGAUCUUCUUGAGACUUUUGGUGACCUUGAAAUUACAAAGGAAUUCCUGAUAGAACUUGAUAAGUUGAUACAACUUAUUGAAUCUCCGAUAUUUGCAUGUAAGUAUUCUUGA